UGUCCUCAGGACUGUGCAGAGAGGAGGGAGGAGAGAGGCAGCAGGCAGCCAGCAGGCACCGACCUCAGCAGCAGCAGCAGCAGCAGCAUGACCAGAAACCUCCACAGUAAAACAGACCUGACCAGUGUGACACUGCAGCUCCUGUGGAAGUGAGACACGCCACAGCUUUUCGAGGCUGACACACUUUUGUCAGAUUCGCGUCAACCCUGAGAAAGAAACAAGACCAAGAAAGAAAAAAAAAAAACCGCCAGCGGACUCCGUCUGCUCCGCUUCAAAACACUGAUCAGCAGACAUGGUGGACACCCAGCAGCUCCUCGCCUGGCCUGUCGGUUUCAGUCUCAACGCCGUGGACCUGUCAGAGCUGGACGACAGCUCCCACUCCCUUGACAUGAAGCAUUUGUCCACGUUGGACUACACUUCCAUCUCCUCCUCCUCCAUCCAUUCAUCGCUGUCUCCCUCGGUCAUAUCCUGCAUGUCCCCUGCCGGCGUGGCCUAUGACCCCAGUCCACCACAGGGUGAAGAACACCUUACCAACAUGGACUACACAAACAUGCACAGCUACAGGACGGAGCUGGACACACACAACACGAUUAAACGGGAGCCGGAAUCACCUCCACAGCUCUCCGACAGUCCUGUGUUCUCCAAGCUCCAGGACGAUACUCCAGCGUCAACGCUGAACAUCGAGUGUCGUGUGUGUGGAGAUAAAGCGUCAGGGUUUCACUACGGCGUCCAUGCCUGCGAGGGCUGUAAGGGUUUCUUCAGACGCACAAUCAGGUUAAAGUUGGUGUACGAUCACUGUGAUCUCCACUGUCGCAUUCACAAGAAGUCCCGCAACAAGUGUCAAUACUGUCGCUUCCAGAAGUGCCUCAAUGUCGGCAUGUCACACAACGCCAUUCGUUUUGGCCGGAUGCCCCAGGCAGAGAAGGAGAAACUGCUGGCUGAGUUCUCGUCCGACAUGGAGCACAUGCACCCCGAGGCAGCAGAUCUGAGAGCUCUGUCCCGGCAUCUGUACGAGGCCUAUCUGAAAUACUUCCCCCUCACCAAGGCCAAGGCCAGGGCCAUCCUCUCUGGGAAGACCGGAGAUAACGCGCCCUUUGUCAUCCAUGACAUGAAGUCUCUGAUGGAAGGGGAGCAGUUUAUUAAUUGCAAGCAGCUACCCAACCCGGAGCACCACCAACAAACAUCCGCUCUGACAUUUGGACAUGGAGGUGUGACAGGAGCAUACCUGGGAUUGGAGCAUAGCGGUAUGGACGCUUUGGAGCUGCGUUUCUUCCAAAGCUGUCAGUCACGUUCAGCCGAAGCGGUGAGAGAAGUGACUGAGUUCGCCAAGAGUAUCCCAGGAUUCAUCGAUCUGGAUCUCAAUGAUCAGGUAACUUUGUUGAAGUACGGCGUGAUUGAGGUCUUAAUCAUCAUGAUGGCGCCUCUGAUGAACAAAGACGGGACCCUCAUCUCCUACGGGCAGAUCUUCAUGACGCGAGAGUUCCUCAAGAGUCUCAGGAAACCCUUCUGUCAAAUGUUGGAGCCAAAGUUUGAGUUCUCAGUCAAGUUCAACGUGCUGGAGCUGGACGACAGUGACAUGGCACUGUUUCUGGCUGUCAUUAUCCUCAGCGGGGACCGUCCAGGCCUGCUGAACGUGAAGCCCAUCGAGCAGCUUCAGGAGACGGUGCUUCACUCUCUGGAGCUGCAGCUGAAGCUAAACCACCCAGACUCUCUGCAGCUGUUCGCCAAGCUGCUCCAGAAAAUGACGGACCUGCGUCAGAUCGUCACUGACCACGUCCACCUCAUCCAGCUGCUGAAGAAGACAGAGAUUGACAUGUGCUUACACCCACUGUUGCAGGAGAUCAUGAAGGACUUGUAUUAGACUUUAACAAGAGCAAAAAAAAAGAAAAAAAAAAAAAAAAGGACAAGCCACGAAAAGUGUGAAAGAGGGAAUAGAGAGAUUUUAUUAUUGAAAUCAAGUCUGGUGAAAUUAGAUGAGAAAGCACUUUGUGCUGCUGGUGUGUUAAAAAGAAAAGGGGAGGUAGCCAGACAGGCUGACUGAAAAUGAGAGAGAGAUGCGAAAGAACAGGAAAAGAGAAAUCAAGGAAAGAAAGCCAGAAUCUCAGUGUUAGAUCUUGUCUAGACAGCAGCAUGUGAAUAACUUGCGGUGCACAGUCAUUUAGCCACUGCUGAGCCUGGACAUUUUGUGAACAAGUGGGCUGCCAACUUAAAUACGAAACUAGCGCGUAUUGCAACAAUCGGGGACGAGCGGCUGUGACUAACUGAAAGUGCGAGGGACUUUCUGAUUGGCGAGCUAGAGCUUUAAAUUUGUGAGCGCUCGACACAGCCUGCUUCAAGUAGCGAAAAGGAGAAAUGUAUCACUGUGAAUAUCUUACACCAUGUGUCAAACAGUGUGUCAAGAGUGUGUGUUAUUCAUGUGCAGCUUAUCUACACGCUGAGUUACAACGGUCGCAGGCAGCAGCAGUGUGUACGUGUUUCAAUACCUCUGCAAACACGCACAAACGCAGGCUCACGCAUACACAAAACAAUGAACACCGACAGAACAUUUUCUGUUUUGGCGUCAGGGUGAUGGUGCUAUCUCUUUGUAAUCAGCUUUAUCCAAAGAUAAAAAUUAGAUUAUCGCCUGUAACAUAUUUCGCUGUCGGUCACCUGCAGAAACUGUGAGAAAGUGUGAAGCCAACAAGGCACAUUACCGUGACGGAGCAGUAUAUGCCAUAUAGUGCCUUUAAGAGCUGUUUCUUCUUUUUGCCGUUUUUAUCUCUUUUUGUGAAAUUAAUGCCAUUUAAAAAAAACAUCAGAUUACACAUGUAUAAUGUAAAAUAUAUAUUCAUGUACAUAAUUUUUAUAUGGAUGAAAUUGUCAAACACAUUUGACUUAUCAGUCUAAGUUUUAUUUCAAAUCUUUGCAGAAAAAGUGGUUGAACUUUACUAUGAAAUUAUUUUGUAUAAAUAUCUACUUCUUUCCGGCAGACAAAAAGGGAACAGGUGAAUACCAGCGAGGGGAGAAAAAUAAAUUUGAUGUAAAUAAAAUAUUUUCUAACUUUUUA